UAUGAUUCCCGGGCCUACCGGACACACCGGCCGCAACAUAAUAAAUCGAACCAUUUCAAAUAAAUCACAAACGACCUGGGGACACUCACGGUGAAUCUGGGGAAAAAUGUUCCAGCCCUGCCAAAGCAAUUCAUUAUGCUAGAGUUUGCCGGCCAGGCAAUGGCCUGUAGUGUAAAGAGAUUCCAUCAUCACCCGAAUUUUAUCAACAAUCCUCCAUCCGAGUCUACAACGGAGGACAAUCUGCGGGAAGAGCGGACACACCAAAGCAAUAUCGCCCUAAUCGAACUGGAACGGGCAGUGUCUCUGUCCACCUGUCAGUUUGUGUGUCUCUGGACGGGGGUCGAAGGUGCCGAAAGUGAGACCCUCCCGAACAUCUUGCUCUACUCGGCUGUGAACGUCUCGUCCGGUGACAAAUCGAUCGAGUCGUCGGAGAUGACGGUCCGACCGACUUCCAGUGGCCGGAGCAGCACAACCCAAGCGAGUCGCUGCUACGACGAGCUGCUGGCGCCCUUGGUGAUGCAGCAGAACCCGGACGGUGGUCGGUCCGAUCGAUUGGUCGGCAUUGUUGUCGAGCGAACCUGUACGACGAUACGCUUCAUCAAGGUAGCACCGUUUCUUGGCUGGAUCGAGCGGAUUGUCUGGCCGGGGUCAUCAUCUUCGGAUAACAACAAUGGACUGUAA